UGACAGGAAAACUUUCAUAUUUUGUUUGCUUAUAUCUUCACAUUUUUUGAAGAAAACUUGUUAAAUAUUUUUAAUUUUACAUUCUUGUUGAUGGGAUAAAUUCCGCGGACAAGUUUCAGUCAUUUCCUCAGGUACCUCAGGAACUCGCUAUGGAUUGGCAUUUGAGCCUCGUCUUGAUAGGCUUAAACGACGACUAUAAAUCAUUUAAAGUAGUUUAAGGAAUUUAAUUUGACGCUUUUACGAUUAACUGACGACCAAGAACAAUUGGAUGGUGAAAAAAUGGGCUAUAAGCUAAGAAUUUACCUCAGUUUUGCGUUAAUGGGAAUAGGAAUAACGUUAUCGGAGCCCGAGCAUCCCAACCAAGUGGUUCUGUUGGACACCACAUCUGUAUUGGGGGAACUGGGCUGGAUGACCUACCCAGUAAAUGGGUGGGAUGCCAUCACAGAGAUGGAUGAGCAGAACAGGCCCAUCCACACCUUCCAGGUGUGCCACGUGAUGGAGCCGAACCAGAACAACUGGCUGCGCUCGAGCUGGAUCGCGCGGCAGGCGGCGGAGAGGAUCUACGUAGAGCUGCGCUUCACACUCCGCGACUGCAACAGCAUCCCGUGGGUUUCGGGCACGUGCAAGGAGACCUUUAACCUGCACUACCUAGAAUCGGAAGAGUCGCACAACCACUUCCGUCCCGCCGACUACGCCAAGAUCGAUACGGUCGCCGCAGACGAGAGCUUCACGCAGACGGACGUGGGCGAACGCGUGCUCAGGCUGAACACCGAAGUACGAGAGCUCGGGCCCGUACGCACCUCCGGCUUCUACCUCGCCUUCCAGGACGUGGGCGCCUGCAUCGCCCUGCUCUCGGUGCGCGUCUACUAUAAGAAGUGUCCGUCCACGUUGAGAAAUCUGGCCGCCUUCCCCGACACGGUGCCGCGAGUCCAUUCGUCCGCUCUGGUGGAAGUGAGGGGAGCCUGUGUGCAGAAUGCUGAGGAGCGAGACACGCCGCGACUCUACUGCAGCGCUGACGGCGACUGGCUCGUUCCGCUCGGGAGGUGCGUGUGCAGUGUCGGUUAUGAGGAGAGUGAUGGCCUCUGUCUGGCCUGCAAACCUGGUUUCUACAAAGCGUUCGCGGGGAACAUCAAGUGCUCCAAGUGUCCUCCACACAGCUACAGCUAUACCGAGGCAUCAGCGCUAUGCCACUGUGAGAAAGGCUACUACAGAGCAACCAAAGACCCACCCAGCACGGCCUGCACAAGGCCUCCCUCACUCCCUCGCAACGUAGUCUACAUCAUGAACGAGACGGCGCUGUUCCUUCACUGGGCUCCGCCAAGUGACGCAGGCGGCCGGAAGGAUUUGACGUACAACGUGCUCUGCCAUCGCUGUGGGGGUGCGGGCCAGGUAUGCCAACCGUGCACCAGUGAUGUGCGCUUUGUGCCCCCACCUGUGGGCCUCACUCGCACCUCCGUGGCCGUGCUGGACUUCGUAGCCAACGCUAACUACACGUUCCAGAUCGAGGCGGUGAACGGGGUGUCGGGGAUGGGCGGAGCGGCAAGACAGAUGGCUAAUAUCACCAUCAGCACCGAACAGGCCGGUCCAUCAUUGGUGGGGACAGUGAAGAAAGACUGGUCAACUCAGAACAGUAUGGCUCUCUCCUGGCAGGAGGCCGAGCAGCCCCACGCUCCCAUCUUGGACUAUGAGAUCAAGUACUAUGAGAAGGAGCAUGAGCAGUUGAGUUACUCCUCCACUCGUACUAAAGUACCCAGCGCGAUAGUAACCGGUCUCAAAUCCUCCACGGUCUACGUCUUUCAUGUGAGAGCUCGAACCGCCGCCGGCUACAGCAGCUACAGCCCCAAGAUUGAGUUCAUCACAGGGGAUGACGACUCAGAGGAAGUCUCUGAUCAGGGCCAGGUGUUGGUAAUUGUUACUGCUGCAGUGGGAGGGUUUUCACUGCUCGUCAUCCUCACCCUCUUCCUCCUCAUCACUGGGAGGUGCCAAUGGUACAUCAAAUCCAAGAUGAAACCACAGGACAAGAGAAGGACACAGUAUCAGAAUGGACAUGUGCCCUUUCCAGGAAUAAAGACCUACGUUGAUCCGGACACGUAUGAGGAUCCCUCUCAAGCUGUCCAUGACUUUGCCAAGGAGAUUGACCCAUCCCGUAUCCACAUAGAGAGAGUCAUUGGAGCUGGUGAGUUUGGGGAGGUGUGUAGUGGCCGUCUCCGUACUCCGGGCAAGAAGGAAAUCCCGGUAGCCAUAAAGACCCUAAAAGGCGGCUACACUGAGCGGCAGAGAAGGGACUUUCUGCGAGAAGCCAGCAUCAUGGGACAGUUUGACAACCCCAACAUCAUUAGACUGGAGGGCGUGGUCACUAAGAGUCGCCCUGUGAUGAUUGUAGUGGAGUACAUGGAGAACGGUUCACUAGACUCCUUCCUGAGGAAGCAUGAUGGGCACUUCACCGUCAUCCAGCUUGUCGGUAUGCUGCGUGGCAUCGCCUCUGGUAUGAUGUACCUUUCUGACACUGGCUACGUCCACCGCGACCUGGCAGCCCGGAACAUUCUAGUGGAUGACAACCUGGUGUGUAAGGUGUCGGACUUCGGCCUGUCUAGGGUGCUAGAGGACGACCCGGAGGCUUCCUACACCACUACUGGAGGGAAAAUCCCCAUCCGUUGGACAGCUCCAGAGGCCAUCCAGUACAGAAAGUUUACCUCAGCCAGUGACGUCUGGAGUUACGGCAUUGUGAUGUGGGAAGUGAUGUCUUAUGGAGAGCGACCCUACUGGGAGAUGUCCAAUCAGGAUGUGAUCUUGUCCAUAGAGGAGGGUUACAGGCUGCCUGCACCCAUGGGCUGCCCGAUCGCUCUGCAUCAGUUAAUGGUUCACUGCUGGCAGAAAGAGCGCAGCAGACGGCCUCGCUUCCACGAUUUACUCAGCUUCCUGGACCAGCUUAUCCGCAACCCCAGCAGCCUCCUCACACUGGUGGAGGAUGUGCACAGUUUACCAGAAAGCCCUGAGGACUUGCCUGAUUACCCUCUCUUCAUCUCCAUCGGGGAUUGGCUGGACUCCAUUAAGAUGAGUCAGUACAAGAACAACUUCAUAGCAGCAGGGUACACGACCCUGGACUCCAUUUCCACCAUGAACAUUGAUGAUGUGAGGAGGAUUGGAGUGUCUCUGAUCGGACACCAGAGGAGGAUAGUGAGCAGCAUACAGACACUGCGACUGCAAAUCAUGCACAUCCAACAGAAUGGCUUCCACGUAUGA